AUGACGACGAUGACGACGACGACGACGACGAAGAUUGCAGACUUGGUGACCCUCCAUCCUGAACCGGGGUUCGUUGUAAAGACCAAGAUAUUGGAAUGCGCCGAUCUGACAAAAGUAUUGACCAAGGUAUUUAUUAAUAUAUGUCAUGAUGAUCAAGUUCCAAAACCUUCAACAGAGUUUAAUCCAGAUGUUGUUUUCCCAUUGAUCAUUGAAAAUCAGUGGGAAAUACCGAUUGUUGUAUCUAAAGUUAAAGAAACUAGAGAUAAAAAGGGGUUUCCUUCGUUGGUGUACGAUUGCUGUAUUAAUACCCGGUGUUUCACAUGGUGCCAAAUAAAUAAGGAUUUGAGACUUAUUUUGAUUGAAUGGUGCAUUGAAUCCGUUGAAACGAUUAACUCAUUAGUAUUAGAGAGAGACUACAGUUUGCCAAAAAUGCUAUCCAAGGGCGAAUUAACAGAAACGGAGAUUACAAUACAGGAGUUGGGCGAUUUGGUGCAUGCCCAUGCCCUGAAGAGCACGAGUAAAAUCGAGGAUCUAACAAUCAACGAAGAUGGUGAUGCUCAAGUUGAAGAAACUCUACCUGAUUUGUUCAACAGACCUAAUUUGAAAACAAAAAAGCCAUUGAUAGAGGAAAUUGAGAGUGCACCAGCGCCACAAUCACACAAAAGUCCGAGUAACGACGAUGCCAAAACUAUAAUAAACUACAAUGUAUCGUUUAAAAAACUCAAAGAUGAGUAUAAGCUCUGCAUAAUUUUCAGUAGCGACACGAUAAAUUACUCAAAUUUUCAAAUUCGCUACUCGCAAAAAAGGGAAGCAAUCAUUAUUAAAAGUCUAGUUUCAAAGUAUUCCUUUCCAUAUGGAAAUGAAUUAGAGAUCCCUGUGCUAGUAGACACUGGAUUCAAGCUUGAAAAAGCUCGAUGUUUUGACUGUAAGGAUAAGUUGUAUAUAUUUAUCUAG